UAAAUUGAGAAAAUGAUUCUGAAACAAACCAGAAUAACUGGAACAGGCUCGAUAAUCAUCAAUUUGUGUUAGCCAGCUUGGCCAUAUAUUUAAAAAUUAUAUGAGUGCUUAUAAAUGCAUAUAAAAAGAACCAUUGAUGAAUUGAUUUACUCAAUUUGCGAUGAUUUAUGAUGAUCAUGUAGCUAAUCUUAAUUGUUGUUUGUUGCCCGAGUUGUUCACCUAGCCGAUCGCUUCUCAUAGCUGGCGCCAAACAGGUUUUAGGGUCUAAACUCCAACUGUUCCAGCUGAUUGCAAGAUUAGUUAUUUAGUUGCUUCAAAUGCAGACGACAGCUCAGCAAAAACAACUUGGCCAGCUCAAAUGGAGGUCAACAAUUUAUUUAUUGAAACAGCAGCAAAAAUGUAUCGCAAACCCGGGCGGGGCACAUAUCGAACGCCAAAAACUGACUAUUCAUGCUACUGCGCUCUAUUUAUUUAUAUUUAUAUUUAUAUUGUCUGUUUUCUAUUUUCUUUAUAUUUUUUAGCUGCUCGAGAUGUAAGCGGGAAGCCGGCCAAUCAGCCACUCAAUUGAUCGCCGCUUGACGCGCACACCCAAAAAAAUGUUUCAAUUAUGUUACCCGCAACAACCACACAACCACAACAGCAGCAGCCAAAUAGAAGCAGCAGUUUCAGUGCCAGCACCCAAAGCCACAGCCUAAGCAGCAACUCAAGUGGAGGCAGCAGCAGUAGCAGUAGCAGCAACAGUAGCAGUAGCAGCAUCCAACACUCGGCAGCUCCAUUGAAACUCAAGAACCAAACCAAACAGCGACCAAAACCAAACCGAAACCGACAGCAAAUUAGCAUACCCAUAGCAACAGGGGUAGCGGGAGCAGGAACAGGAGAAAGAGCUGAAGCAGCAGCAGUAGCAGCAGCAGCAGGAGGAGCACAGGAAACAGGACAACGCCAUGGGCUGCUCGCCCAGCACAUUGCCCAACUCGUCGUCGUCGGCAGCAGCGGCGCCGGGUGGUGGCGGGAACGGUGGCAAUGCCAACUUGCCAUUGGAUGGCAAUGAGAAGGAUGGAAGCCUUCUGUUCUGCAUCAAGUUGCGACGAAGCCGCAUGCGCCGCUGCAGCUGUGGCGCCGUUACACUGCAGAAUCAAAACGGGGACGGCAGCACGGGCAGUGCCACCUGCGGCGAUAACAUGAUGUGCAACCAGGGUCUGCUAAAUCCGUUACAGACCAAAAACGAGUCUGACUACGAGAAGCUCAGCACUGGCAAAAAGGACUCCAUUGUGACGGUGGCAGCCUUGGGUAACUUUACACACAGCGUUGUGCGACGUGCAACCGGAACGGGCAGCACCGGCACAUCGGGCACCAGCUCCUCCGGUGGCGGCGGCGGCAGCGGUCGUCCUGGUCACCGCAAGUCCUCGCUGGCGCUAGCACUGACGCCCGAGGAUGAGUCAAUGGACGUGUAUCAGCGAAAUCUCAUGGACUUGAAAUAUCCAACCGUGCUACCACCGAAUCCUCAACUUAAGGCGCUUUUAGUUUUUCACAAAUCGGAUAGCAUCUGCGAGGUGGUCACCUUGGCCUGCCAGCGCCAUCAAUUGGACGCAACGCUGGUUAAAUCCAAGGAGGAAGCCCUCGAAACCCUGCACAAGUCAUAUGCCACAGCGCAGUGCUAUCAUCUAAUUAUAAUUGAUGCGCGCUCCACAAAAGGUCUCGAUGCCGAGCACAUUGCAAGAACAAUACGUCACACACAUGGACAUCAUUUAACGACAAUAAUUGCCGUCUGCAAGAAGAGUUUCUUUGAAAAGGAUGAUGCGCUAAUUGCUCUAUUGGACGCUGGCGUUAAUAGAUGCAUAGCCGAAACGACCAACCUGGCGAUGUGCAGCGUGGAACUGAAGCAGAUUCUGCACUCGAUCAUAAGGCCGCAUAAUGUUAUGUCCACUCAACAGGCACUAUACACGGCCCUGCACCGGCUGAAGGAGGUGGUGCUCAUCACGGACGACGUGCUGCGCAUACAGUAUGCCAACCGGGCCACAGAACGGCUGCUCAACAUGCGGCUGGAUGAAAUAAUUAGCAAGCCAUUAGCCGACAUCUUCGUCUCGGACCUGUCCACCAUCAGUGAGCAGGGCAAGAGCAUCAAGGAGUUUGAUGGCAUACUGACGGUCCGCCGCAAGAAUCAGGAAGGCAUACCCAUGCACGUGCGUGUCGUGCCCGUGGCCUGCAUUGGCAGUGCGCCUACCCAUCUGAUUUUCAACUUUGAUAUACCCGGCGGCGGUAUGGACUUCAUUGCCACGCUGCCGCAGCCAAAGGAGGCGCCGCGCGGCUCUUUGCACUCGGUGCGUCGCUGCAGCUUCGAUGUGCGCUCCAUUGCGUCCGACGGACUGCGUCGCACCAGCCUGGCCAAGCUGACGUCGCUGCCCCUGGAGGCACCCAUCACCAAAAUAAUCAAUUUACUAUCACAAGUACAGGAGAAUUGUUCAGCCGACGAGGCACGCCUCAUAGACAAAGUCUUGGAGUUCCUUAAGCGCGAAGGACUCUACAGUCCACAAAUGAAAGAGAUACGCACCGAUGAUCCCAUAGCCACCGAUCUCAUUGGCGCCCUUUUGACGGGUCCCAGUGUCUACUCGUCGCGACGCAGCUCCAACGACUCCAUCAUCCGCACUGGCAACUCGACGCGCGCGGCCACCAUUGUGCCCGCCAAGAUGAAGGCCAAUCCCAUUAUCAUGGAACUACUUGAAGAAUCUCUUAGCUGGGACUUUGAUAUUUUCAAAUUGGAAGAGAUCACCGACUACCAUCCGCUGCUGUACUUGGGCAUGGAAAUGUUCCGGCGCUUUGAUGUCUUUGCCACACUGAACAUUGAUGAGAACGUCUGCAAAGCCUGGCUGGCCGUUAUUGAGGCGCACUAUCACAAGAGCAACACAUAUCACAAUAGCACACACGCAGCGGACGUCAUGCAGGCAACGGGCGCUUUUAUCACGCAGCUGGCCAAUAAGGACAUGGUAAUGGAUCGCAUGGACGAGGCAACGGCCUUGAUUGCGGCAGCAGCGCACGAUGUCGAUCAUCCUGGUCGCUCCUCCGCUUUUCUAUGCAACUCGAACAAUCCCUUGGCCAUAUUGUAUAAUGAUCUGACGGUGCUGGAGUCGCAUCAUGCGGCAAUCACUUUUAAGCUGACCCUGGGCGACGAUAAGAUCAACAUUUUCAAGAACUUGGACAAGGAGACGUACAAAUCGGCGCGCAGCACAAUUAUCGAUAUGAUACUGGCCACGGAAAUGACGCGUCACUUUGAGCACUUGGCCAAGUUUGUGAGCGUCUUUGGCAGCGAGGUUGAGCCGCGUGAGCUCGUGCAGUCGGAGGAGGAGACAUCCAUACUCAUGCGUCGCAUGCUUAUCAAGGUGGCCGAUGUGAGCAAUCCAGCGCGUCCAAUGCAGUACUGCAUCGAAUGGGCGCGGCGCAUUGCCGAGGAGUACUUUAUGCAGACGGACGAGGAGAAGCAGCGGCACAUGCCCAUUGUGAUGCCCAUGUUCGAUCGUGCCACCUGCAGCAUACCAAAGAGCCAGAUUGGCUUUAUCGAAUAUAUAAUACAGGAUAUGAUGCAUGCCUGGGAUGGUUUUCUGGACAUGCCUCAGCUGAUCACGUGCAUGCAGAUCAACUACUCACAGUGGAAGAAAUAUGAUGAGCAGGGCGUUAAUACCCUUGCCGAUAUUAUGGCCAAGCAGCCGCCUGUCGGCAAUAAGACGUCCAAUUCUAAAUAGCAUACGGCUUUUCGGAGAAUAUUCUCGGGUCUACUGAAGCCGCUGCCGGCCCAGGCGCCUGCCACAUCCACAAUUGGCGAGAACGAAAUGGAGGAUAUGCUCUAGUGCAGGCGAAUCCGAGCCCAGAGACGUGGCUUUCGUCGCACUCUCUCGGUAUAGGUCUCGUUCUUGUUGUUGUCGCUUAUUGCACACAUAUCUCGACUAAAUAACGCUUCCCAAACAGCUCUGUGUGUGUUUGUGUGUAUAGGUGGAUUUGUAAUCCUUAUUGUGAGCUGGCCACAAGAAACGGUGCCAAAACAAACAAAGAUUUCUCCAGCACAGACACACAAGUAUAAAAAAACAACAAAUCAAACAAA